AUGACUGUGCUGAAUUUUUGUUCCUCUUUCCCCCAAACAAAGUUUUAUUGCAUCGAAUACUGAGCUAAAUAACUAACUAUGUUUGGACUUCUUUUUUUCAUGUUAUUCACCCCUGGAGUCAGUGAAUUUCUUUGCACAUCGUCAGAUCUAGAAAUAUCAUAUACUUUUUGUGAUUCUCCAGCCUAUGCUUUCAUGUUUAAUCUGACACCUUGCAGCACUGUGAACAAAUCCACCUGGAAGGCUGCUCUUACCUGGAUUCCAAGAAGUGACAUCACCUUUUUGAAGGUUGUUUUUAAAGUCUGGUACAACGGUGCCAAAGCGUUACACUGGAAAGAAGUCCUUUGCAGAGGAGCUGAUGACGAAUACUCAGUGUGUGGAAAGCUGAAAGGAGAAACAAUUGCAUCAACAUUUGAUAUUAAAGGUGCAAGAAUAAAGUUUCCAAAGGGCAAUUACAACGUUAUUUUCCAAGGAUUCUCUGAUGACUCUGAGAAUAAUUUGGUCAUAUGCUUGAAUUUCACUAUGAUAGUAAAACAAGAUGCUUUCUGA